GGCCUUGUGUCGUUUCUCAGGAAGUGAGGAGGGCCAAGAUGGUGAGUGAGGAGCUGCUGCUUCGUCUCAACGACAGUGAGUAUAAGAACUGGCUGAAGGCAGGACGGUGUCUGCUCAUACUGAAGAGUGGCCUCCAUCUCUUCACCAGCCAGCACAUGAGAGGUUUCCACAAGGACCUGCUCAGCCACAGCCCGCUGCUCGGGAGGCCGUGUGAGACCAAUGCCUGCAGAGGCAACCAGCUCUCCUUGGCAUGUAGGGCGUGUAGCGAGUGGAAGAAGGCGAUCCUGGCUCACCAGAGAAAGCCGAAAAGGAACGUGUACUGGGAGAACUGUUUCCCUCCCUCCUGGAGAACAGACUUCUGGGAAGUGGCCAAGGCCUACAUGCCACGAGGUCAGGGGAAAGUGAAGGGGGCGGAUCAGUGCGAUGCCUCUGCUCUGCUCAACCUCAUCACCUCCUGUGACUGUUUCCAGUCUGUGGAUCCAACAUUUGUGAGAGAGGUGAUCCACUACAGGAACGAGAUAAUGCAUUCUAGUGAGUUGCGUAUCAAGGAUGAAUGGAUAAGACGAUACCAGACAACAUUGAAACACCUUGUGCGGCAGUUCAGCCACAUACCACAGAUGGCAAAAGUUGGACAAGAAAUAGAUGAGAUGCUGGCUGUCGAUUUGUCCGUAUCUGUCUCUGGCUUGGACCAACUGGACUCUGUUGACUCUGACGGUCUAGUGUGUGAUUCUUUACGCCAAUCGGAGGCCAAUGGCGACUUAAUCAGCCAAUGGGAAGCUGAGCUGCUCCAGGAGAGGCUGCAGGAGUUACUACAUACUGACGAUGAAGAUGCUGAGACACGGGAUACUGAGCAGCUGAAGAGGCUUGGUGGUUUCCUGCAGGCCAACAGAGAUUUGGGGGAAAGGUUUUCUGCAGAGCUUCAGGCCAUCGACUCACUACAGGCCAGACAAUAAGACGGACCAGAAAGGAUGAACGAGGAGCAAAUUGAACCAUUUUUUAUUUAAUUUGAAUUUAAGUUGAAGAUUUUUCACCGUAUUUUAACAUGUAUAUAAUAUUUUAUAAAAAAUGAUACUGACUAGUGUUUACUUAAAAAGUAUGUGAUGAAAACAGAAAUGUUCUCAAACCCUUUUACAGCUGCAUAAUAAUGUCUUAAUGUCAAAAGAAAGUUAUACAGUAAUAGUGACCAAAAGAAAAUGGUUCAGCAUAUGUUUUAUUUAGGGCAUUUAGCCCAUUUCCGGCUACAUUUUUUUAACGCAUGAACUAAUGUGCAGUAUGACCCGCUCCACGUACCCAUACCUGCCUACGCUUAGAGCCAAACACGCAGUGAGAUCACAGCUCGUUCACGUGAAGCAGCCGGUCAGUGACUUUGAAGAACUGUUAAGAUUAGAGUUUCUCUGCUCUCAGCUGCUCAGAGAUCAGCUGCGUCAUGAUCAGAGCAGAAGCUGCAGUAUUUAAUAAACACUCACCACUAGUUAUCAGGACCUGAUCAGUACAUUAA